AGCGAAGCGGCUUGCACCUUGGUUUGCUCCGAUGGCAUCGACAAAAUCAGCUUUGAAGGAGGGGGAAGCCCCCUCCCCCCCCCUCCCGCCGUCGGGCGGCCCGUUGGGCGCCCUAUUUCGACUUUGACCUCAAGCUGUCGAGCCGGCGGAGCACGGCUGAUGGCCGAGAGUGUGUCAUCAUGGCAGUAUGUCCAAAAGCAAUUUUGGGACGGAAUUGGAAAGACUGGUCAACGCGUUCCAGGACAUGACAUCAGCGCCCAACGCUAUGUUACCCCACACAUAUUGAUGAUACGCAUGGCGAGCAUUGCUUGCACGCCCCAGUUUCUCAAGCGGCAGCCUUGCGACGCCGACAUGCGACGCCGACAUGCGACGCCGAUCGGCCGGUGUGUAGCGGCAGCAGGGGGUUCGAGGACUUGAUCAUGUACUGUGUUGUUCACUUUGAGGCCGGCGACAACGCGCCCAAACGACCGUACCGUUAAGGGUCAUCGCUAUUGUGCAGAGGAUGUGGCGGCGGCUGCGGCUGCGGACGACGAUCGGGUGGAGCGCUUGGCCUUUUUGAAGGCUGGCAGGACGUGGACGUCAGGCGGCGAGUUGGUGACAGCAAGCGAGGCAGGGACAACGCGGGCACGGCGGAGCGAGCGGGGCUCGAACGGCGGGGGCGGAAGGCGGCGGCGGCGGCGGGGUGUUGGAGUCUGAGCGGUUGCGCUUGCGCGAGACGGCGGCGGGGGCGGAGGGAUCGAGGGCCGACGGAGCAGCGGUGGGCGAGGAGACUGCCGACGGCGGGACGGAGAUGGUGAUGCGUGAGAUGGGCUCGUUGAAGAAGACCAGGGUUGUGGCGAUGAUCGAGUCAAAGACGUCUGCAGUGGAGAGCGGUGAGGACUUGAGGACGUUGAACGAGUGGUCUGCCGACUCGAUGAGGUGGGUCUCGUGGCGGGCAGCCAUGCGCGACUUGACUGAAGUCAUGAGGUGAGCGGAGCAGAGGCGAUCGCGGGUGCCUUGGAUGAAGCAGACUCGGGUGUGGCGGUCGAGGAGGAGGAGCGGGCCGUCGCGGAGCUUGGACGGGUCGUUGGCCGGAUGAAGCGGAUAGGCGUAGAAGACCAGGCCCGCAAUGAGGUGCUCGUAGAGGUGGCCGAAUGAGUUGACGAACGAGGCGACGGCGCGGCAGCCCAUCGAGGCACCGCCGAGGUAGACGUUGGCGAGAGCAAGCGAGGCCGGGGAGGCAGCAUCGGCGACAAACGAGGCAAACGAAGCCGAGAGGACAUGGCUUACCACAGCGGCGACCGACUCGAUAAGCUUGGGCUGGCGGUCGGGCGGGCCGUUGGAGCGGGCGGAGCGGUAGGGAAAGUCAAAGCGGAGGACGGCGAUGGACGGGUUGUGGGUGACGAGGCCUGUGGCGACGGCGGCGAGGAGUGGCGAGUCUUUGGAGCCACCUGCCGAGUGUGUGAGGAUAAAGAGGGUGGAGAUGAGGUGCGGAGGCGCAAGACCAUCACUCGGCAGCCGCUUGCUCUUUCCCUCGCCCCCGUCUGACCGCCCUGCUGAGCCUGGUGACGUCGGCUGCGCCCCUGCUGCCGGUGCCUUGCGUGCUGACGAGGAUUGUUCGGCGUCCGGGAGGGUGGCACAGGUGAGAAGAGCAGACAGAGCGCCAGGUGGCGAAGUGACCAGGUCUGUGGGGAUGGAGAGCUCAAUGUGGCGAGCGGUCAUAGCGUCGCGGGCGAGAGGGCACACACUACGACUGAGUGAUUGUGGGGAUGUAUGGUCGUGUGUGGUGUUGAAUGCGAUACUGGUGGUGGAGUGGCUGUGGUUUUAGCUCGUUGGAGGUUGGGCUUUCUGCUUUGACGAACAAUGUUGAUGGUUGAUGCGGGACAGGGGAUUUGGAGGA